GCGGUGCGCUGGCUGCAGGAAGCCGCCGCGCUGCCGCUUUUGUUGUCAGGGACCCCGUGAGGAGCGCCGCUCUCCGCCCGCUCGCCGGGGGUACCCGCCCUCCGCUUCGGGGCCUGGGUCCCGGGCGCCCGCCCGCCCUGCUGAUGAGGGGGGCCCGCGGCCACCGCUGCCUGUGGCCCGGGGCGGCGCGGCGCUGAGGGGGCGGCGGCGCUGCCCGUCGGCGGGGAGUGGGCGGCCUCGGUCCCCGUCUCGAGGGCACCAUGGAGGUGAAUGCGGGAGGUGUAAUUGCCUACAUCAGCUCCUCCAGCUCAGCCUCCAGCCCUGCCUCAUGCCACAGUGAAGGUUCUGAGAAUAGUUUCCAGUCCUCCUCUUCUGUUCCGUCUUCUCCAAAUAGCUCUAAUUCUGAUGCCAAUGGUAAUCCCAAGAAUGGUGAUCUCUCCAACAUUGACGGCAUUCUGAAGAAUGAUCGAAUAGAUUGUCCUAUGAAAACAAGCAAAUCGAAUGCUCCCGGGAUGACUAAGAAUCACAGUGGUGUGACAAAGUUUAGUGGCAUGGUUCUACUGUGUAAAGUCUGUGGGGAUGUGGCGUCAGGAUUCCACUAUGGAGUUCAUGCUUGUGAAGGCUGUAAGGGUUUCUUUCGGAGAAGUAUUCAGCAAAACAUUCAAUACAAGAAGUGCCUGAAGAAUGAAAACUGUUCCAUCAUGAGAAUGAAUAGGAACCGAUGUCAGCAAUGUCGCUUCAAAAAGUGUCUGUCUGUGGGAAUGUCGAGAGAUGCUGUUCGGUUUGGUCGCAUUCCUAAGCGUGAAAAACAGAGGAUGCUAAUUGAAAUGCAAAGUGCGAUGAAGACCAUGAUGAACAGCCAAUUCAGUGGUCACUUGCAGAAUGACACCUUAGUAGAACAUCAUGAACAGACAACCUUACCAGCCCAGGAACAACUACAAUCCAAGCCCCAGCUGGAGCAAGAAAGCAUCAAAAGCUCUCCUCCUCCCUCUUCUGAUUUUGCAAAGGAAGAAGUGAUUGGCAUGGUGACCAGAGCCCAUAAGGAUACCUUUAUGUAUAAUCAAGAGCCACGAGAAAACUCGCUUGAGGGCGUACAGCCCCAGAGAGAACGGAUUCCCAAGAACAUGGAGCAAUAUAAUCUAAACCAUGACCAUUGUGGCAAUGGGCUUAAUAGCCAUUUUCCCUGUAGCGAGAGCCAGCAGCAUCUUAAUGGACAGUACAAAGGGAGAAACAUAAUGCAUUACCCACAUGGGCAUGCCAUUUGUAUUGCAAAUGGACAUUGUGUGAACUUUUCCAAUGCUUAUACUCAAAGAGUAUGUGAUAGAGUUCCAAUAGAUGGAUUUUCUCAGAAUGAGAACAAGAAUAGCUACCUGUGCAACACUGGAGGGAGGAUGCAUCUGGUUUGUCCAAUGAGUAAGUCUCCGUAUGUGGAUCCACAUAAGUCGGGGCAUGAGAUCUGGGAAGAAUUUUCAAUGAGCUUCACCCCAGCAGUCAAAGAAGUGGUAGAAUUUGCAAAGCGUAUUCCUGGGUUCAGAGAUCUCUCUCAACAUGACCAGGUCAAUCUUUUAAAGGCUGGGACUUUUGAGGUUUUAAUGGUACGAUUUGCAUCAUUAUUUGAUGCGAAAGAGCGUACUGUCACCUUUUUAAGUGGGAAGAAGUAUAGUGUGGAUGACUUACACUCAAUGGGAGCAGGAGAUCUGCUGAACUCAAUGUUUGAAUUUAGUGAGAAACUCAAUGCCCUCCAGCUCAGUGAUGAAGAGAUGAGUUUGUUUACAGCAGUAGUUCUAGUGUCUGCAGAUCGAUCUGGGAUUGAAAAUGUCAACUCUGUGGAGGCUUUGCAAGAAACCCUCAUUCGUGCACUCAGGACCUUAAUAAUGAAAAACCAUCCAAAUGAGGCCUCUAUUUUUACGAAACUACUUCUAAAGUUGCCAGAUCUUCGAUCUUUAAACAACAUGCACUCUGAGGAGCUUUUGGCCUUUAAAGUUCACCCAUAGGCCUUUGUUUAUUUGAACAUGCUACCUGUACAUUUUGUGCUAAAUGCUUAUUUAUAUGUGUAUACCAUAUGUGGAAGUAGAACAGACCUUUAAGACAAUACAAGAUUGUAGGCUAUCUCUGUAAUCAUGCAGUAGCUGUUUUGACCAAGAACUCUUCAGCCAUGAAUAGACAUUGACUGCAUCUCCCCAAUAGACCAAUUCGCUGUGUCGCACUUAAGACUGGAGAAAUUAUACUGAAUUAUAAUCACACUGAAUGUUAGACUUUUUCAUCUGCCAAAACCAAAAACCAUUUUGAUCUUCCUAUGGUAUAAAUGUAACACACAGUGACAAAUGUAGGAAGACUUAGAAAUUAAUCACUUGUAGUGGAAGUUCCGUUGGAUAUGGAAAUCUUAAUGCUACCACAAGACUGUCAGAUCUGGUAUUUGGAGACUUGGGGAGCUGGAAAAUCUCCAUGUUUGGAUUUUGUUCUGCCACUGUUAAAGUAUAUGAUCUUCGACAGUUACUUGGUUGUGGAAAGUGCAAAUUAAUAGUGUCCCCAAUGCCCCCACCUCAUAGAGCUACUAAAAAUGUUUAUAAAAAAUAUUUACCUCUUGAGAGAUAGGCACUAUGUAAAUAAGGUAAAGUUUUUGUCAUUGUAAUUACUCAUAACAUUUUCUUCUUUAUAAGCAUUUCUGAGAAAGCAUUUCACAGUCAUCACCAAUCUAUUCAGAGUUCCUGUAUAUGUGUGAAGUCACUGAUUCACACAAAGUCCAAGUUUAUGGACACAUAAAAUGCGUAGUAUGUGUACAUAGUGAAUAUAGUUAUACAUAGAUAUAUUUCUUCACAAUAUUUUAAACUGUGAAGAACUUUAUCAUAUGAUAAACUUAAAAACAAGGGGUGUCAAAGGACCCACAUUAGGUGCAUUGAACCUGUUGAUGACAUAACCAUUGCUUUAAAAUAUAUAGACAGUAGAAUAUUGGAUUUAUUCUCUAUUUUUGUUUAUUUAAGCAACACUUAAUGUAAAGGUGCAACAGGCAGUCCAAAUUUCAAAAAAUAUGUAUCACAGAAUUCUUCUUUGGUAAAAAUCUUUGGUUAAAGGUACUAAUUGUUUAGAAGUUCACUCAGAUUGUUACAUCAUGCUAAGAAUGAACAGUUGUGUUGCUACCCCUUACACAUAGGCUGCAGGCUGAUGAGAUUCCUUAUGGAAAAUUGAUUCAUGUUUAAGGAAACUGUUUACUAUGUUUGCAUCUAUGUGUGCACAUGUGCUAUUCUGAGUCAGCUUAUUUCCCCCUAUAUAACACUACAGGAUUUUGUCAAGUUAGACUUAAUCUAUAAUUUGAAUAAAACAGGUAGUGUGUGACCUACAGACUUAGAAAAGGUACAGUUGAAGACUUUACGCAAAUGUUGGCCUUAUUAAGUUAGACCAGCCUCUGUUUAUGACAGUGGGGGGAAAAGCCACAGUUUGUGAUUUUAUGUAUGUUUUUCUAUUUUUCUGGAAUACAGAGAUUGAUUGGAUUUUCUGGUAAGAUUUUCUUCAACAUAAUGUUUGAACUAUAUGAGAAAUGUAGAAAUGUUAACUCAUUUUACUCCACUAAAUCUGUUACUUUUAUGACAUGUGAACAGAAUGCCUUAUUUUAUAGUCUUAUUUUAACUUGUUGCUGCUGGGAUUUGAAUUUCUGUGGCACUAGGCUUAAAAAAAAGAAACCUCUUACAAAAGAGGAAAGAAGAUGAUGAUGUCUGUAGUACCAUAUGAACCAUAAUUGUGAUUUACCUUAAGUGGGUAUGACUUUUAUGGGAUAUACAGUUGUAGUUUUUGUGACUUCUUUAUGUGGUAGCAUUAUCUUUUUAUAUUUUUUCCUAAGAUAAACAAAUGCAUAGUUUUCUUCUAUGGGGGAUAGAAAUAGCUUUUUGAAGUAAUAUUGAAAACCUCAAAAAAUUAUGUUAAUUCUUAAUUUUUGCCUUUUGCAUAAGCGUCUUUAUAACAUGUAUCUUUAAAACAAUUAUGUCUUUAGGAAUAUGUACCCAGAAGAAUGUUAGUAUUGCUUAUUAAACUUGAGUUAGGUUCAAUAUAUACAUGUAUACAUCAAUAUAUAGGCAUAUAGAUUUGCAUAUUGUCUUGUGAAAUUUUAUUUGAAUAAAUCCUUCCUGUAGAUAAUGGAAAACAAGGUUACUAGUUCAUAUGUCACUCAUAGUAUUUCUGUAUUUGGAAAUAGCCCAAACAUGAAUUCUAAAAUUAAACCAGCAGCCUAUUUACAAGCACAUUCUUUGAUUGAGACCUGGUUACAAGAGCAAAGAAGAUUAACCAGGUUGGGGAGCUUCUGAGUUGGUGGGACACUGUUGAUUAAUUAAUAAUGUACUGUAUGAAUUAAGUGAUGCUUUAACUCUGGUUUUGUAUUUUUAAGUUUAAAUAUGGGCAUUAUGUCAGCAAACUUAAGGGCAUUAUGUCAGCAAGCUAAGCCAUUUUCUUUUCCUGUGCUUUUAAUGUAUCUUGACAUGAUAUAAGGAGAUUCUAGUUUUCAGAGAGAAAUAGUUGAGGGAAAGGGGAAACAUAGCACAAUGAAGCUUGUUCUUUUUUUGAUGGUUUAGUUACAGAUUAAGAAAUUAAAAGGAAAUUUCAGUGGCUUGAAGCACAUAGUUUUCACAUCUACAUUUCAAGAAAUUGACAUUGUAAUGCAGUAAGAGAUACUUUAUUUCAUGUGAGCAUUAUUGCAAAGCAAGGAGUAGAAGCUCAGCUACAUUUAUUACUGUGCAUGAGAGCAAAUGCUGUCUCAAUUGUUCUUUUGCUUUUUUCCAAUAUAAAGUUUGCUGAAUGUACAAGAAGAGUUUAUCACUUAGGAUAGUAACUUUUUUUUAGGGGUUGGGGGAGGGACUCUGUCAGGAGAUGAUCUUGGUUUGAUCCAAAAAAGAAAACUAUUCUUGAACUAAUAGGGAAAAAUAAAAUGGCUAUUGUCUUAAAAGGUGAUAGAAAUAUAUUGCUGACAGGGUAUGAGUUAAGAUUAUUUUCUACAACUGUAAUUGAUAAAGACAUGGAUAAAACCUUCAUGUCUCUGAGAAGUCAUCUGUACAUGGGGGGAGAGGAUAAUAAAAAUUAUUUCUAACCAAGAAAAGG